CAUCAACUACCGCUGCGACGCCCUUAGCAAAAGCCGCAAAGGUCGGGCUCAUGCAGGAGGCUCAGCCUGAUCCGUCUUCUUCAUUGUCGCUAAAGAGAGGACCUGGACAGAAAGGCGUCUAUGGCCAGUCAGCAGCUAUUCAAGUACAAAAAAGUCCAGUUGAGGAAAUCCGUCCUUCAGAUGGACUGCUCCUUAGCCUUCCUAGCACAUUCCGUCCACCAAACCAUGAACUCGUAAGAACUCAACUGCCCCCAGCUCUCGGGCUCCCGGUGAGUCGUGAGUAUCAGCUGAGGCAGCCUUUCCCAGGGCCCAGCAGGCAAGGAGUGGAGGAUGUGGACGGAGAAGGGGUCAGGGUUGGGACGGGGGUCAGCAAGAUCGCCGAGCAGGGCAGCGGAAGCGGCAGGAGCAGCGUGUCGACGCACAACAGGUCGACUCGCAGAGGGUCCCCCAGGCCGAGCACUCACGACCGCUUCGACAUCAACGAACACCUGCCCUGGAUGAUUGUACUGCUGCUCCUGCUCGUUCUGGUUGUAAUUGUGGUGUGCAGCGUGAAGAGGAGCUCUCGGGUGCUGAAGAAGGGCCCGAUGCAGGAUCCCAGCAGCAUAGUGGAGAAGGCUAUUCAGAAGAAGCCGUCGACCCCGCAGAGGGCGCAGGUCAAAGAAAAGUGGAUCUACUACUCCAACGGACAGGGGGUGGACAUCCUGAAGCUGGUUGCUGCUCACGUCGGAACCCUGUGGAUUGACAUCUAUCAGCUGCUGGCUAAUGCUACAGAGCGUGAGAUAACGGCCUUCUCCAACGGCUACUCGUCCGAUCACGAGCGGGCUUACGCGGCUCUGCAGCACUGGACCAUACGGGACAGCGACGCCAACUUGGCCAAGUUGAUAAAUGCCCUGCACCGACAACGGCGCAUCGACGUAGUGGAGAAGAUACGCUGUGUCAUGGAGGACAACCCGCAGUUUGACCUCAGCCAGCUCAUGACGUCUUCGAGUGUGACCCAUAGUCCCGUCCACAAGAGCCUGGAGUCUCCCAGCAGUGUGGGCAGUGGCAGUAACACCAGCAACAACAGUGGUGCCUGCGUUGUGGGUGUGGAGCAGUCACCCGUGGACCGCGUUAAAGGCUUCUUCCCCGAUGAGUCGGAGCCUCUUUUACGCUGUGACUCCACCUCGAGCAAAGACUCCGCCCUCAGCCGGAACGGCUCCUUUAUAACCAAAGAGAAAAAAGACACUGUGCUCCGGCAGGUGCGCCUUGACCCUUGUGACCUGCAGCCCAUUUUCGACGACAUGCUCCACAUCCUGAACCCCGAGGAGCUCCAUCUGAUCGAGGAGAUCCCAGCUGCCGAGGACAAGCUGGAUCGUCUUUUCGAGAUCGCCGGCGUGAAGAGUCAGGAGGCCAGUCAGACACUGCUGGACUCGGUCUACUGCCACCUCCCUGAUCUGUUAUAGUAAACAGAACGGGACCGAACUUUGACCUGGCAGCAGAUGGAAUUCCACACACUGACUCUCGUCGCGGACUUUUCCGACUUCUUUACUAAAAUCGAACGUGUCUUCAUCUUCCAUUGGUCCUCUUCUGUGGAGUCCACUCCCGCAAACUUCCAUUCUCUGUGGAAACACCGGGUUAACGAUCACCUUAGUACACGCACAUCUUUCACCGCGCUCACGGUCCACACACGCAGCCAUGCUUUAAAGGUGCUUCUACGUGAGUAUCACUUCCUGUAAAAACUUCAUGUGAGAAGAAAAUGUAAACGCAGCAAAGAUCAAGACUGGCACUUUCUCACUCAUACCCGAACAAAAUUUCAUUUAAGUUGCGUCAAACUGUACCACAAAACACGUACAGUGUGAUUCAAGAUCACAUUGGUAAAAAAACGUGGGUUUAGGGUUUUUGUUCCCAGGUGUGAAGUGAUCCAUAAAACAUGUGCCUGAAAUGUUCUUACCUCUAAGCUGUUUUGUUCUUCCUGUUGUAGUUUUUUGUUUGUUUGUUUGUUUAUCAACAGUUAAUACCUGGGGUUUUUUUUUUUUUAAUAUACCUUGACAUUAGUCUACCAAACCAACAGGUGGCAGCAUUGCAAAAGAAUAUUGACGAACAUCGGUCUAUACAGUAGCAGAAAACAUGAUCUGACACGACAAAAGAUAUAUUCCUAUAUUUGAUCAGUUUAAUAUAUAAAUAUAUAUAUAAUUUUGUUUUUUAAUUCUGGGUGCACGGUGCAUGAAACGCUGUUAGUCUGUCUUUCUGCACAGUUCUCAGGUUUUUUUUUGUUUUUUUUGGUCAGAUUUCUGUUGUUACACACCUUUACUAUCUACGGAGUGAUCUCCAUUCGCUUAAGUACUACAUUUUUGUCGCGCCGACCUAAAGAGCAGCAUGUAGAUAAUAAUAAACUGUCACACUGAUGCACUGAUGUUUUCUAACAAACAGGCAGACAUUAUUUGUUUUAUUCUUGACUUUCUGUUAUAGCAUUUUUCACAUAUAUUCUCAUUAUC